GGUUUAGAUGUGAACAAAUCAAUAGAAACAAAAGUCAAAUAGUUAAAGUUUAAAGGAAGAAGCAGGAAGUAAAAUGCAGUGAGGGCUAAAACCAAACUGAACGUAGGGUAAAUUCAGUGACUUUUCCCUUUUAGAACGAACAGCGUUAUAAACAGAAUCCUCUUUAUCAAUAACUGGUUUGCUCCGCUGUCCCACUGAGCUUCACUGGUGAGAUCUGGUUUUAUGCUCAGUGCCAAUGUACAGAAACAGUCUGUCAGUGAGAGUGUGCAUGUGUGUGUCAGCGAGAGUGUGCAUGUGUGUGUCAGUGUCUUCCUCUUCUAGAAACUGCUCCUUAAUCUGCCUCUCUGUGUGUCAGGCCUGGCCCUGAAUGUGGCUGCUGCUUGAUCACACUCCACCUUGCUCCAGGUGAGGGUGGAGCCUGGGGUGCAGACUGACAGCCUGCAGCAGCUGUUUCACUUCAAAUGCAGCUCGACUGAAGAUGGUGGAGCAGUUCCAGUGAACACCAGGGAAACUUUAGCAGACGAUGACCAUAAAACAACGACAAAAUGCCAACACGGGCCAACAGAGUUGCUAUAGUUUGUCAGGUUCUCUUCAGACCCCUCCCCGGAGUUUGAGGGGCUACAGAUGCUGUUGCUGUGGAGACGGAACACAAACAAACGGCAUCCGGAAGCAGGCGGACCUCUUCCUUUCAUACAGUCUCUGCUGUUAACCGGUAUUUCUACAACCUGAAACUACAGUGAUAUUUUGGUUUUAAAGAAGCCAGCAGCAGCAGUGACGAAGAACAGGGAUCAUGCCGAAGAAAGUGAAGAAAGGUGGAGGAGGUAAAGGAUGGACGGAGGAGGAGAGACUGGCGUCCCAGCAGCAGCGGGCCAAGGCCGAGGAGGAGGCAGCCAGGGAGAGGGAGGAUCUGCUCACACUGUUCCUGAAGGACAAGUUGCAGAAGGAGCAGAGAAACACUGCGGUGAACGCGCUGAAGGUGAACGACGGCUGGAGGACGACUCUCCGCCAGACUCGAGCCGCCGAGCUGCGCACGGACAUCAGCAUCCUCUCACAGACGUUCGAGAGGCAGCUGGACGGCGCGUGCAGCACCAUCAAGACCCUGGAGCGCAACCUGCAGGAGGCCGAGCGGCAGGCGGCUCAGGAGCGGCGUGCACAUCUGCAGCACGUGCACCGUCUGUCCACUCAGCAGGAGAAGCAGGUGACAUCUGUGCAGCAGCAGUGGGAGAGCGGCCUGCAGCGCCUGAGCUCCAGGUUCAGCUCGGAGAGGGAGCAGAUGUUGGCACACUCCCAGCAGCGGCGAGCUGAUCUGGAUGACGCCAUGUUCGCCCUGGAGCAGAAACACAAGGAAAUGAUGAAUGAAAUCCACAGACUGUACAGGGAAGGCAUCGCGCUGUACGAGAGCGCUCAGGAAGACCAGAGGGCUGCGCUGGCCCUGGGGGACAAGGAGAGGCUGUGGGAGAAGACCCUCGAGAACCAGCAGGCUCUGCAGCUCUACCACCAAGACUGCAUUGAGCUGGACGCCUUGGUCAGCGAAAACCAGUCAUACAUGGAAAAGAAGGACCAAAUCAUGAAGGAGGCUAAAAGGCUGCGGGACAACAUCAUUCAGCUGCAAAUGAAGCUGAACGUCAGGAAGACUAACAGCGAGAGGGCAGAGCUAUAUCUGACAAUCGCCAGAAACCAGGUGAAUAAAAGUACUCAAGAGCUUCGGCACCGGCUAGCUCGGGCUCAGAUGGCGGCGAGGACACAGCUGACUGACCUCACCGUCCAGAGUGCCGCCGCCACCAAGAGGCUGCAGGCCGCCAUCGACAAGGGCAAUAGGGUUUUACGUAUCGCUGAAAUGUGCAGAACGCUGGAGAGGGAGCAGGAAAACAUGUUAACAUCAUCAUCAACUGCAGAUAAUCAAAGACAGGAAGGAUCUGCGACUGAGGAGGAGGAACUAGAAAAGGAGACUCCAGAGUUUCCAGAGCUGCAGCAGGUGAUGCGACACAUCAACACUGCUCUGCUGCACCGAGAAGCCCUGAAGAGACACCGAGGGGAUCUGAGCCGAGAGAACCAGCAGCUGAGGCUCCUGCUGCGGCAGCACCUGGACGCCAUGACAGUCAGCAACAGCGACCUCGACACACACCACGCUCUGCUCACCGUUUACCAGGCCCCAAUCAGGAUGGCCCCACUGGACGCCGACAGACACCACACCAUCAUCGAGGCUGUGCAUGUCAUCCAGCACUCACUGUAACACACAGCUCUGAUGAGGAAAUAGAAGAUUGUGAAGAUGUUUCAUAAUACUCAGUAAACCAAAUCCAUUUGUCGUGUCCUGACAACUGCUUUCUAUGAUGAUGCUUUUGAAUUAAACUCCUGUCCUAAGUGUCU